AAGGGAAAUUUUAGUUCAAACUGCCAACGAAAAGGGCGCCAGCCAUUUUAAAGUUAUCUUUCAAAGCCGCAACAGAGCGUCUUGAAUACAUUUUUCCCAAUUAUAAACAAAAAAGAUUUAACAAAAAAAUAUGAGUGACUACUGCAGAAGUUUGUACAAGGAGAGCAGACAACCCUUUACGACCCAGCAACACAACAGACUGACGCGUCAAUUACAGGAGGCGAAUCGUAACAAACAAAGAAAUAAACAAUUUCAAAAUUCCCGUCACAUAUCAGUCAGUCCAACGCCAAGGAAGCCUUUGCUAUCAGAAAAAGCAAAUCUCAACAGUGCAAAUAAAGCUUAUAACGUUGUGGAAGGAACGCGCACAGCAUCUGAAAAAAGUUAUCCCAACAGUGCAAAUAAAGCAAAUAAUGUUGUGGAAGCCGUGCCAAAGGGGUCGCGCACAGCAACCGAAAAAGAGAACAUCAAAGAUGCAAACAAAACAAAUACUGUUGUGGAAGUUGUUACAAAGGGGUCGCGCACUGCAAAACUUAUUUGCACUGCUCGGGAUCCAGAGAAAAUUAAGAAACAAGAAGCCUUUAUAUUAAGAUUUCUCGAUUGGAAAGAUAAGAAGAAAGCGAUGAUGGAACAAAAGAAAGCUGAGGCAACUAAAAAGAAACCAUUUGUAUCGGCUGUUGGAAAGCAUUCAGGAUUUACUGGUGGUGGCGGUGGUGGUAAUAGUUGUAGUAGCUCAGGUCUUUUGGCGCCAAAUACAUCGGCGACACAACGUCAUAAUCAGGGGAGUUUUGUGCCCAAAGGAUAUGCAGAUUUCCAGCCUCCACCAGGUAUAAAGGAGCCAGGGGAAACUCUCAAGGACAAAGCCAAAGGCAGGCAAUCGAUAUACACAGUGGUACCAACACCACCCAAAAAGAAACCAGAAAGUGUUGUGAAAAACGUACCCCUAAGCAGGAAAGUUUUGUCAACGAAUUUCACCGCGAAUGCCGUGAAAACAAAAAUAACAAACAAGCCAACACAAACAACAAAUACGGCAGUAAGAAUGCCACCACCACCUUCCAGAAAACCUCUUCAGACAACAGCAUCAGGCCCGGGCAAUGUUGGGAAAAAGAAUUUACCGGCCAUCAAGGUAACAAAUACAGCAACUGCAGCAGCAAAAUCGAAGUUCGGCAAUACAGCAGCUACACGAAAACCUAUAGAAUCCGCUCGGCAGCAACAUAAGAAAUCACCGCUAAAACCCCAAAAGAAUGCCCGGUUAACACAGACCAUGAAGGCCAAGAAGCCGAUAAAGAAGCCCAACACAAACACUAACGACAAGUUACGUUCACUAAUGGUUAAUCAAGCUAGUGAAAUUGUAUCCGACAUGAUAGUCCAGACACCCAGAGAUUUUUCCAAUUCUAAUCAUUUUGAGGAAUUUGUAACCUCAACGAAAGUAAAGAACUCCAGUACAACACUGGAGGAUAUUGAUGGCGUAAGUCCCAUAGAAAUGUUAUCGAAGCGAACUUCAAGUCAUUCGACGGCAAAGAGGAAUCUUCUCAAGGAUGCCUGCACCUCAAAUAUGAUUGUAACAUCAAAUCCACCAAUAGAAAAGAAAUUCAAUUUCAUACGAUAUUCAGAGGUAAAUGUUAGUUUUGGCGAUAGUCCCAAGGAAGGUGAUAAAAAGGACGACUACGAUGAUGAUAAGGUAAAAGCGAAUAAUGAAGAUCUUGAAACUCCCUCUGAGGAAGCGAAAGUGGUGAAAGAAAAUCCAAUUUCACCGCCUAAAGUGCUCCUAAAUAACACCUUAACACUAGAACCUGCCGAAGCAGUAGUAGAAAAAACGCCAACAAAAUUGUUGUGUGAAGAAAGACCCAUCAACUACUUAAGUCCGUUUGUUAGUGUUAGUCGGGGCAAAGUAAGUAUGAAAAAAGAAAAGGAAAGACGCAGCAGCGUCUACGUAAUUCAUCGGACGGAAGAAGAACUUAAUAACUCCAAGCGCCAGUCACUUCUACCCUCUAACGGCGUCGAAGAACCUAAAUUACCACAAUACUCGGCAGAAGUUUUGCAAACAUUAGAGGCUGUGCGCUAUUUCCGUAAGCAGUUACAAAAUGAAAUAGACCGCCUUCAUGCCAAAUGUGACCUUUGGGAGGAAUAUAAAAAGGAUAAUUUGGAAAAAUUGCAAGCUGUCAAUGGAGAUGAUAUGAUCGAUGUGACCAUAGGACAAACCAAGCUAUUGACCAGCAAGAAAUUCAUGCAGUUCAAAGGUCUCAUAGAUCGUUGUGAGGCCCGGGCAACCGGCAUCAAUGAUGUUCCGGAUGAUGGUAGUGAAAAGACCAAAAAUGUGGAUGCCGUUGAUUUGGAAGGUUUCUGGUCAAUGUUGGGACUGCAGGUGGAUAAUCUUGAGAAACGUUUUGAUAAUCUGGAACGUUGGAAGGCCAAUGAUUGGCAAGAUCCCGAUGAGGUGAAACCAAAACCCAAAGCGAAGGACAAGAACUUGGCUAAAGUAAAGAAACCAAAAGCAGCGCCGAACAAGGCUAGGCCCAACUCAGAGUUGCAAAAAAUGUUACGUAAAAUGCAGGAGGAUAUGCGUAACAAAAAGGCAAAUAACCAUUUGGCUAAUUCAGAUGUUGUCGUUUUAACGCCAUCCAAGGUGAGAGAUCGUAAAUACUUCUCUCCAGCCCCCACGGUACUGGCCGUACCUGCCUCCAAUCGAAGGCUAUCAACGUUAUUGGCAGCAAAUGUAACCGAAGGUUGCGCCUCUCCAAAUCGUCUGUCUUUGCUGGUGCGGAAAAAUGGCGAGGACAUUUCUUGCGGGACAAAGAAGAAAUCUUUAACACUGAAUGGUUUAGAUUCUCCAAGACUAUCAAAUGGAAGGGUGGCCAAUGCCGAAGUCGCUGCCGCCACCGCCUAUAUGUCACCUAUAGUAAAAGGUCGUAAAUCGAUACUAAAAACUCCCGGCACAGGUCGGACUAAACUGCAAAAUGUUGUAUUCAAUGAAAAGUUAAGAGUUAGAAAAUUCAAAUUCAUUGUCAACGACGAGGAUGCCAAUGUGGUCGAUGAUAAUGCCGAUGAAUGCAAUAAAUCCGAUGAAGAGCAGCUAAGGGAAAACAAAAAUGAAUCUGACAAUGAAGAAUCUUGCGCUGAGGCAAAACUGGGUACUUAUUCAUUAAGGAAUCGUAAAGUCCGUUUACGCCCAUCAUGUGAAAUUGUUAUACCCAAAUAGUUAUAGAUAGCGAAGAUGCGCUAGAAUUUAUCUUAAAUAUGUAUCUCCUCUUAAUUGUUUUACAUACAUGAUUAAAAUAUUUUAAUGUUUAAUGUGUUAUUGUAUUAAUUAAUAUUGUCUCCAUGUUGUUCCAAGUUUAGCCACCUAUGUCACAACACCACAUUUUACAUUUUCAUUGCUCUCAUUUGUGUUAUUUGUCUCUGUGGAAAUAAUAGUAGUCGUUUGUUUCAAUCCAUAAUCUAUUUGAUUUAUAUUUAUUAUCUUUUUGGUAUUUAUAGUAAUAAAACAAUUACAACACAAAUAACAAAA